AUGUCUAAUUCAUUUUUUUUUUUCCUCCUUGAUCAGUUUGCCGCGGCUAUAGAUGCAAGAAAAGACCUUGGUGAAUACUGGCAGAGCGUUAUGCAAGACCAGGCAAUGCCGGAAACAAUUCAAGGCCUCGUCUCUAAGGAUUCAGCUUUGCCCCUCUCCAACAAGCAGAGAACUGUCGACUGUCAUGAAAAAGAAGAGUCAUUUGUUAAGGACUUUGAACCACAACCAAGUGUCAGAGUCUACCGCGAUGACACUAAACUUACAGCUUUUGUUAAAGACUUUGAACCAAAACCAAGUGCCACAGUCUACCGCGAUGAUGCUACUAAGCUCACAGAAGAUAAAUCUUUCGUGAAAGACUUCGAGCCAAGGCCUAAUGUCUCAGUUUACCAUGUUAGUUCGAAAGAGGAGAAGUCAUUUGUUAAAAAUUUCGAGCCAAGGCCAAAUGUCUCAGUUUACCAAGAUGAUGCUGGUUUGAAAGAGGAGAAGUCAUUUGUCAAAGAUUUUGAACCACGGCCAAAUGUUUCUGUUUAUCAGGAGUAAGGGAGGGAGAGGGACUAAGGCUAAUGUGUUUAUUGCUCCCUACUACUUCAUUUAAUUCAUGUAAGAAGUAGACGAUCUAUGUUUGUAGAAUAAUGAUUUGGAGUCUGGAAGUCAGACAACUCUGGCUGGUUUACGUGAUCAAGUGAGGGCUAAUGUCAUUAUAAUGUCAUCAAUAUUUCUGACGACAACCUCUAUUCAUGUAAAAUUAGUCAAAUUUGUCUGACUGUCUAACCUCCUAUCAUUACUCAU